AUGCCCGAGGCGGUGUCGGUGCACCGCGACAACAUCAGCGAGCAUGCGGACACCUACCCGGAUGAGAUACGCGGCCGGCUGCAAUCUGCGAUGACGAUAGCGGCGGUCGACUAUGUGCAGGCGCAGCGAGCCCGCCGAUGGUUCGUCUCGAAGAUGAACGAUGCGAUGCAGGGCGUCGACGUUUUGUUUACGCCGACUGUGCCGGGGCGGACGCCGACCAUAGCAGGAGCGGAAACACCGCCUGGCAGCAACGUUGCCCCGCAGGGCGCCGAACUCGCAAACUUCACCGGUGUGUUCAACACAACAGGUCAGCCGUCGUUAUCCGUUCCAUGCGGAUUCACGUCUGAUGGGCUGCCGAUCGGCCUUAUGAUUACCGGCCGCCACUUCGACGAGGUGACGGUGUUGCGGGCCGGUGAUGCCUACGAGCAAUUGGCCGGUUGGCACACCAGACGGCCUAACCUCUAG